CACUCGUUCUUGCCCUCUGGCACCGUCAUUUCUUUGAACCUCACUACAGUCAAUCUUUUCAACACUCAACAUGAGAUACUCCUUCGUCUCCGCGCUGCCCGCAGUCCUCAGUCUGCUAUCAUUCUCCACGGCAUACUCCCUUCCACCGCAACGUCCACAAGAAGUCCUAGCCGGUCAAAGCUACUCAUGCCCGGGCGCGCAGUCAGUCAGCCUAUGCUGUUCACGACAAGUCAAGACGAAUGGCGGAGUGGAUGACUGCGAGAAGAGCUUGCACUUUGUGAUCAGAGCCGCGGACGACCACAGCUACCUCACCAACUCGGUGCGAACAUGUAGUGGAGAUCAGGUCAGCCGAGGAUACGAUCGUCCGGUGUGUUGCAGGUCGCACUUUCAGCCAGCGCUCAUGGGUUCUGUCAAUCACGGCAUGAACUGCGCCGAAGGUUCCGUCGACGACAACAAUAUCGACUGGAAAUACAGUCUUCACCAGCCAGGGUCUACCAAGCAAUCGACCGAAGAUGUGCCAAACCUUCCUCUGCCAGUCGUGCCUUCCGGCAGGGGACUGUAAGCCGGCCCAGUCUAGACAUUGGCCGUCUGAGGAACGACAUACCGAACUGUGGGCAGACCAUCAGCACGCGACGAGUAGCGCAGGCUCACCGAUCUACACUGGUGGCGACAACGGACGUUAUCGAUGUGCUCAGGCCUACUUCCAAAUCGAGGCCUCGAGUCGCGUCCGUCAGGCGUCGAGCCAAUAUCGUCCGACUUCGACGACGAUUGCGCUCGCCCGCGGUAAUGGCUCGCAUACCCAGACCGAUAUGGGCUAAGGAGCCUGUGGCAACACGAAGUCGAUUCGAUCAGAAACUACUGUGGCUGGCCGGAGUAGGCAUCGGCGGGCUCGGAUGAAGCUCUUUCAAGGCCAUUGUCAUGAGCAUGUGUAUGGCCUGGUGGUCCGACAUUAGGAGCAGUGCGUGAUCGAAGGACCUGAUGAGGGUGAAAGCAUUGCAGCAAGUUGAGAGGUUGACAGCAUCAGCCCGACCGAAAGAGGACGGCGCCACUGGCCUGAAGUGAUCGAAGAAUUAUCAUGCCCAAUUCCUGCGAGUCUAGGUGUAGAACCUAAGAAGAUGCAACUGUAGCAUUGAACCAAUGUCUUAGCG